AUGACUCAGACCGAGACCUCUCAGGUGGAGGAUGUUAUCCUCGAGCUCCUCGAACUGAUUGAAAAGUUAUCUACCUUCUCCUCCUUUUCCCCCUCCCCCGAAUUGGACGAUGUGCUGGGACGCAUCUCCCACAUCUGUCACCAGACUCAGGUCUCUGGCGCCCAAGAGGACGAGAUAUUGAGCGACCCUCGUAUCGUCCAGUCCAUUCCCACAUUGCGGACACUAUGGGCUGAAGCCGCGGGAGCUUUAGAGGACGACUGGGCCCGGAAAAUCCUCACAGCCAAAGACACAGAUGAAGCCAAAUCCCUUCUCGCCACCUACCCUCGCAUCCAAAACUACAAAACCACCAUUCCCAUCGAGCUAGGCGUCAUCAGCAUCGUUCUCCAGCGCUUCCCCAAAAAGGUGGCCAUGUUAGGCAGUGGACCACUGCCCCUAACCUCUCUCAGCAUCAAAAACCAUGCUAUCGAGAAGAAUCACGCAUUGGAUGUACUCAACGUGGACAUUGUCCCCGAGCGAAUCGCAGCUUCUAAGCAGAUCUUCAAGUUACUAGGCUCUGAGUACGACGCCAUUUUGCACUUUGUGUCUGAUGCCUCGGGUACCUCGCUGCCGGAUUUGAAGGACUCGGAUGCUGUCUACCUGGCCUCGUUGAUUGGAGUGUCUAACGAGGAUAAGGUCAAUGUCAUUGCCAAUGUGGCCCGGCGGAUGAGCAAGGACUCGGUGAUCGUUAUUCGAAGUAGUAGUGGGUUGAGUCGGUUGUUGUGGCCGAAUCUCGAGAUGAAGGAUUUCUCACGCAUUAGUGACCUUGUGGAGCCUGCGCUUGCUGCGCAGCCGUUGAGCGGUCCUACGAAACACUCGGUUGUUGUAUUGCGGGUGGUUGGCUGA